AUGGACUCCAGCGCCUCCAGCUCAGACAGCUACGACAGCUCUUCCUUCUCUUCUGAAAUUGAUUUGUUUCGAGAGGAGGCACCUGAGGCUCCGCCACCGCUGCUCCGGAUUUUGCCAAGGCACUUUCACGAGCCGCGAUUGCUGUAUCUGCUUUGGGUCAGCCAGCGGUGGCAGCGAGCUGUGUUGCUGCGUGAGGAAGUUACUGUUUGGGAGGCUGCCUGGGGAAGCAUUGCUUUCAACCAUCGUGUCCUGCUUUUGUCCCCUCAACAGACGUGGCUUGCCGUGGGCCUGGGAAAUCGUGAACUUCACAGGUGCGUGACGACGGCCGUCAACCUGGGCCAGGAACCCCUAUCCUUGAGGGCGGACGCUUGGGCCAUUGGUGCCAGGGCUAAGCGACCAUGUUUGGCCUGGGAGCAAGGUCCAUUGAAGGGCAUCCUGGGGAAUGCAGCUGGCUCGAUCAUUCCGAGUCCUACGUGGCCGGUGCUGCCCAAUCCAUCUGCUGCGGACUCAGAUUUUGAGGAUCGAAGCUGGUCGGAGGUUGUCCCUCCGUGGGAGCCUCGAGCGGCCAAGUGGCUGAAGUCGUCGCUGCAUAGCUCUUCGUGGGUGGAUGUNNACAAGAGGUCUGCAGCCCUGGAGAGGUGGAAGGUUCUCGUCUUGUCGUCAGGGGAGGCUACAGCUUUGGGGAGAUCUAUCCUGGAGGCUCAGCGAAGCGAGGACCCUGCUGCUGUUGAUGCUUCGAUUGCCGAUGCUUUCCAUCGCAAAGCUACCUCGACUCUGAGGACUAGAGCUGCGUCUCUGCUCAUGUUUUGCAGGUGGCGAGCCACAGAAGGCGGGGCUGCGACUGCAGGGGUCUUUCCUUUGGACGAGCCGACGGUGUACAACUACGUGGCCCACCUUAGAUCGACCAAGGCGCCACGCACCAGGGCUCCUAGAUUCCUCGAGGCUUUGGGCUUCGCGAAGGGAGUGCUGGGGGCCGAAGUACAGAACAUCCUGGAUUCAGCGCGCAUUCGCGGUGCUGCCGAGGGCUCUGCUGAGGGUCUCCAGAGGCUCGCCGGCUACCAUGUUGAGCCUGGGGCAAAGAAUCCAUUGGAGUAUGGAAGGGAUGCGAUGGCUCCGGUUCUCGGAUUCAUCGAAGGGCUCCUGGAGGUUAUUUCUGGGGGUUUCUUUGACCCGGACCGCACCAGGUCCGGCAGAUGGCUUGGGUGUCGCUCCUUUGACGAUGCCCUGAGGAGAAUGAGUGACGCUUCAGGUGCCGGGGGCCUGUCUGGUCUGCACAGCGAGGAGGAGGCUGGUCAGUCCAUAGCACCUGAGGUUGACGAUGUCUGGAAUCCUGAGGAACCUUUGGAACCUGGGGAUGCCACGCCUGAGUCUGCAGCACUGGGGCCCGAGCCAGCUUCCUCCGAAGAGCGUCAGGUGUCUGAUUGUGAUUCCUCGUCGGCGUCUCUUCAAGAUGAGGAAGAGUCCGAGGAUGCUGAAAGGAUGGCCGAGCUUGCGGGAGAGCAGGUGGCCGGGGCCAUCCAAGGAGCAGCGGACGCUCUUGAAGGCUCCUUCUUUCGACAUGUCAUCAGUGGCGUUUUGCAUAAGGCUCGAAUUUUGAAUCCCGACAGCGAAGGUGAGGCCACGGUUUUCUUUUGUGGCCGUCAGGCGAAUGCCAACUAUAAGGAGGCCAAAGGGUGCUCCAUCUACGAGCCUCGCAAAUGUGCGAAGUGCUGGUCAGAGCGUUGA